GCCCGGACCCCCGAGCGGAGCCUUUGCAGCGGGGCUCCCUCCCGCCCUGACUUUGCAGCCCCGCGUUCCGGGAGGAAGGAGGCGGGGGCGCCGCGGACACCCGGCCCCGAGCCCUGACAUGCUCGCGGGAGGAGCCGAGGCAGCCUGCUGAGCGCACGGCCCGGGCAGCCUCGCCAGCCGCCUCCGAGUGCGGGGCUCCGGGCGCCCUGCCCCGCGCCUGGGCGGCAGCCUCGCCGAUCGGGGGGCGCCCCACUUCCCGCGCGGGGUGUCGGAGGCCGGCGGGACCAUGCUGCUAAAGGAGUACCGGAUCUGCAUGCCGCUCACGGUGGACGAGUACAGGAUCGGCCAGCUGUACAUGAUCAGCAAGCAUAGCCACGAGCAGAGCGACCGCGGCGAGGGCGUGGAGGUCGUUCAGAAUGAGCCCUUCCAGGACCCUCACCAUGGCCAUGGGCAGUUCACCGAGAAGCGAGUGUACCUCAACAGCAAACUGCCUAGUUGGGCCCGAGCUGUUGUUCCCAAAAUCUUUUAUGUCACCGAGAAGGCUUGGAACUACUAUCCCUACACCAUCACAGGUCACUACGCUCCCUCCCUAGCAGAGAGCAGUGGGGCUCAGCUGGUCAUUCCAUCUUCCUUAUAA